CCGGGCCGGCCGGCCGGAGGAGCCGCCAUGCGCCCCGGGCCGCCCCGCGCCGCGCUCCGCCUGUGGCUGGGCUGCGUCUGCCUCGCGCUGGUGCAGGCGGACAGCCCCUCCGCCCCAGUGAAUGUCACUGUCAGGCACCUCAAGGCCAACUCGGCGGUGGUGAGCUGGGAUGUCCUGGAGGACGAGGUUGUCAUCGGAUUUGCCAUCUCUCAGCAGAAGAAGGACGUUCGGAUGCUGCGCUUCAUCCAGGAGGUGAACACCACCACCCGCUCGUGCGCCCUCUGGGACCUGGAGGAGGACACUGAGUACAUUGUGCACGUGCAGGCCAUCUCCAUUCAGGGCCAGAGUCCGGCUAGCGAGCCGGUGCUCUUCAAGACACCGCGCGAGGCUGAGAAGAUGGCGUCCAAGAACAAAGAUGAGGUGACCAUGAAGGAGAUGGGGAGGAACCAGCAGCUGCGGACAGGCGAGGUGCUGAUCAUCGUCGUGGUCCUGUUCAUGUGGGCCGGCGUCAUCGCCCUCUUCUGCCGUCAGUAUGACAUUAUCAAGGACAAUGAACCCAAUAACAACAAGGAAAAAACCAAGAGUGCGUCAGAAACCAGCACACCAGAGCACCAAGGCGGGGGUCUUCUCCGCAGCAAGAUAUGAAACCUUUUCAGUGCUUGCUCUGAGCAGCUCAGAAGAAAGACAUAGAGGAUGUGAGAGGAUCUCAUGGUUCUGACGAUGAUUAUCCAGCAAACAUCUGGCCCUCUCUACAUUUCCUCCUCCCUCCAUCUCCUUAUCCUCUGGCUUACUGUCCUCUCUUGGCUUCUCUCUUUCUGGCACAUUUUCCUGAAGCUUCUUAUUAACCCCCAUCUCCAGAAGCACCUCAACAGUGUCAGUGGCUGAGGCUGCGCUCAGAGGCAGAUCUGCAGGAUUUGAGAGAACCAGCCAGCGGGAUGGCUCUGCUGGGGGUGGCCUGGGAACCAAGGGCCGUGGGCCCAGGACCCAGUCUUGGCCUCUCAGUGAGUGGGGCCGAAGGCUGGGUUUGAGAAGGCAGAGAGACAAGACAUCCAGGCAGGGCUACUCCUUCCACAUGAGACAAGAGCCUGGCUUUUAGGCUGCAGCCCCGCUGCUCCCUUCCUUCUCGUAUCCUCUCCCUGUUUCCAACCUUGCAAGGAGUCUAUUCAGUUAGCCCUGGCCGCUUCUCUCAUUUUUUUCCUCCCAGUUUCCAAACAAGCCCUCGGUGAACAUCAUCGAAGCGUGACUGCCUGUCUGCAGGGAGAAGGAUUUCGUUUCUCUUCUCUGCCGGUCCCCAGGUCCACGGGCACAGAGAGAGGGAAGACUGCGGUGGGGGGAGGCACAGCUGGCUGCACAGUUCUCCCUCUGCCCCCGUCCUGGUCUGGUGGAGGAGGCUGAACUACAAACCCAAAUUCUGCAAAAAAAUAAAUAAGCCACAAAACUAAAAGGCCUGGCCCUGUUCUGGAAAAGGCAAAGCUGCAUGAGACACAGCCUUCUUUCUGCCUCCUCGCCUCUCCUGGACUGGCUUCCUCUCUGAGAAAAUGCACAAAGCUCCUGGGAGAUGACAAGCACCUAGAAUGAUUCAAGCUGUGUCUUUUAGACCACGAACCAUCAGGGAAGCUGUGGGGCUGCCUGCCGGGCAGGGUCAUGGCUGCCAUCAAGCCUUUUCUGGAUCCAGCCAUCAAGGACUUGUUUGUGGUGUGAUGCAAAACGUUGCGAGUGUGUAAGAUGUUAUCUGUUUUGUUACUUUUGGAAAACAUAAUCGAAGGGCUUCACUCCAGAGGGCAGAGGGAUUCCCCGAGCUGGUUGCCUGCAUCCUCUGUCUUCUUUGGCCCUUAUUUUGACUGUGAGAUCAUCAGUCUGGGGUCUUAAGAAGACAAACUAGGAAAGAGACCUGGAAGGUAUUGGCCCCAUUUCUUUAGGAAAGUCUCUUAGAGUUGUAACAGUGCUGGCUUGCACAACUGAAGAGGUACAUCCACGGGACAUCCUGAGGGCUGCUAAAUCACCCACUCUGGAGUGGCAGCUGCUGGAAGGCAGGACUGAGCCAUUCACCACGGACAGUCAAAGCAGCCCUGGCCUCUGGGGUCUCCAUUAUCUUGCCAUCUCAUCCAGGGUUCUGUGAAAGCUACCCAGGUCCUCAUGUCCUUCCCUAGAGCCUGAGUGGUGUGAGGUGACUGGUCUCUCUCUCCACUGCCCCUUUCUGGUUAAAAAAAAAAAAAAUGGUGCUUGAUAAGGGAAGGCAGACUCUUCCUAGGACCGACAAGUUAUGGCCGCUGAAUGCCUGUGUGGGAAGAGAUGGACUUCUGCAUCUUCCACUGGUGGCUGAGAACGGGCAUGCAGGAGGACAGCGCCCAGCACAAGCCUGGCACACAGUAGGCGCUCAGUGGAUACCUGUCGAACUGAAUGAUGAGAGCAAUGGCCCCCAACCCAGAGAGCUGAAAGCCAUCACCCAAUGACCGCCCCUUCCUUCCGGUCUACAAGAGCUCUCAUGGCUGGGCCAGCCACCACUCUGCUUUGGCUGAGUGUGGCAGCACAGGUGGGGAGGAGAGAUGGGGUAAAAGGCAGAUGUCAGCAAUACUAAGGGCUUCCUCAUGGGAGGGCAUGAGGCUCCACUCAUUGUCUUGUGACUUCCAUCCCUGCUGAAUGGGGCUGCAAGGGCAAGGCUCCUUAGGGGAGAGGUCCUUACCUCUGAUACAGUUAGAGCAAUAACCACUUUUUAAAUGUAAAAUAAAAAGACAAAUGAAAAGGCA